AUGAGAAGACUCAUUUUUCGACCGUCAAGUAUAGUUUUGCUCAAGACAAAAGUUGCAAGUCCUAGUGUGCCAAAACCCACUAGUGCGGAAGCAAUAACAGCGCUUCUUUGGAAGUGUGCAAUUACUGCAGCACGAUCAAUUCGAAGUGUCAGCACGUCCAUCGGCAACCGCGCCAUAAACUUGCGCAAAAUAUUGUCGCCAAACUUGCCAGACAGCGCGACUGGCAGUUUUUUGGCGUAUGUCGCUACUCACAUAAACAUAGGAGAGUUAGAUUUACAAACAUUGGUUUGCCAAUUAAGGAAUGUGAUGCAAGAGUACAAGAGAAAGGAAGGUGAAAGUCUUUUGGGGUAUAAGGAUGUAGAGAUAGAAGGAGAAGGCGAUGAUGUACACUUCUUUUCUUGCAGUAGUCUUGUUGGGAUACCAACGUUUGAUGCUGAUUUUGGGUGGGGAAAGCCAAUAUGGUGGACUUUUGUGAGGCUAAUGCUUCCAAAUACAGCUUUUAUUAUGAGUAGGAGAGAGGGGGAUGAACUGGAAGUUUUUGUGUGGUUGAGUGAAGAAGAGAUGGCCAUUUUUGAACGCAACAAAGAACUUCUUGCAUUUGCGACCUUAAACCCCAGUAUUCUUGAUUCCGGCAUGAAUAAGGAUUCAAAACUUUAA